UGUAUUAGUACCUAGUUCUCAGACGCUGCAGAGUGUGUCUAAUAAGGAACAUGUGCCAUAUGUGGACGCAACCCUUCUGCCGUGUCACGGUUUCGACCAAUCAAUCCCAUCGUGCUUCUCAGUUCUCAGCCUUGGAUGAAUUGAUUGAAUUGGUCCGUUAAUAUGUUGAGUCCGAGGUUAAACCGCAGUCGCCGCGCGGGGAAGUGCUAUAACAUCUCGCCCAGCAUCCAUCAACCCUUCAUAUCUUCAGCCUUCAUCUUCCUAUCGUCGUCUCCUUGCUGUGCUCAAUAUGGCCAUGCAGCCAACUAUUCUUGAAGUUGACCCUGAAGGUGAUACCCUUUUCAUCCUACGCAAUCCAGACGCGCCCUUUGCUGUGGAAAGCUCCUUUACUUUAUGGCCGAGAGCUCUGCCGCAAUACUGGAUGCCUCACAUGAAAGAAAACGAAACUAGCUUAUGGUUGUCGGCAAUUGCUGCAACACCAGCGACCAACAACACCCCAGAGAUACAUAUGCGGCUUUCUUCGAAACACUUAACACUAGCUUCAGUAUAUUUUCAGAAACUGGCGUCCAGUGGCUGGAUAGAGACCAAAGUAGCGAGCGGCUACUCAUACACGGUCACAGCCAAAGACUGGGAUGCAGACUCACUAAUAAUUCUGAUGAAUAUAAUCCAUGGCCAAACGCAAAAGGUUCCCAAUAAGAUUGAUCUGGAGAUGCUGGCAAAAAUAGCUGUGCUUGUCGAUUAUUAUAAGUGCCACAAGGCAGUACGCUUUUUUGCAGAUGCGUGGAUUAGCCGGCUACGACAACCUCUGCCCUCGUCCUACAGUCGGGAUCUGUUGCUUAGACUCUUGGUAUCUUACAUAUUUUCCGAACAUCGGGUCUUUACAGCGCUUACAAAGACCAUUAUAUAUGAGAGUAGAGGCCCUAUUCAUACAUUGGGCUUACCAAUACCAGAGGACAUGGUUUAUAUCCUUGAGGUGGAAAGAAAGCAGCUGAUCUCCGGAUUGAUAUCUAGCCUUAACUCGUUGAAGACCCAGUUGUCUAAAGAGGAAAAAGAAUGUUCGUUUGAAUGUUCUUCAAUGUCUCUAGGCGCUCUCAUCAAAGGUAUGAUCUCGAUGCGCCUAGACGACCCCCAGCCAACAGAACCAUUCAAUGGUUACAGUGUCGUGGCAAUAGAAAAAGCCAUCGGCGAUAUCAAGAUACCAAACUAUCUUGGGUCCCUCCGCCAUGGCUCGAGUUUCUCAGGAGCCACUCACUCUACGUACACUGGAGGUUUUGGUAGUAUAAAUAGUUAUGCUGAGAAGCCCAACUGCAACCUUGAGAAGAAAAUUGAGCCUAUCGUCAAACAGCAGCUGGAGAGCCUGCAGGGGUUGAGUUUGGCGUCAUUCCCUAGUCAUUGAUGGAAGCAGAGGCAGUAGAGGCAGUUUUUAAGAUAACUCUUGAAGUACAUAAUAACAGCACGCAUAAUAGUAGACUUCAAUGUUGUCGACUUGAAACAUGUGGAACCAAGGCCAUCAAAGGGUCCAUUAUUCCCAAGACUUCAUCUUUAAGUCCGCAGAUAGUUAUGUAGACAAUGCACUUGAGUGGACGACGAUAUAAACUGUGAGUUUGUGAUCGCCCCAGUAGCAUGCAU